UUGUGCGCGAUUACGAAAUUGCUGAGCAAGAUAUUCGACGCUCAAAUAAUGUUACACUCGAUGUUGACUAUAUAUGGCGUUGUCGCAAUUUUGUAUUAUAUUUACACAGAAUUAGUCAUCAACAGUCUGCAGAGCCACAAUUCGGUGAAUACAUUGAGUUGUUAUUUGCUUGAUACGAUGUACGCCUGGCUGAAAGUUGUUGCGACGUGCUACUUCUGCGAGAAGACCGCCAAAGAGGCAAAGCAGAUAGUACAUAUUAUUCACGUGUGCUCCAUACACAAUUCUGACAUCGGGUUGAAAAAUGAGCUCGUACAAUUUUGCCAGCAAGUCUCUCUCACCGAAGUGAACCUCGAAACCCGUCAUCUCUUCCGGCUGAACGACGGUUUCAUACUACAGAGCAUGGGUAGCAUAUUCACCUACUUCCUCAUUAUGAUACAGUGGAGCCAGAUGGUAGACGUGCACGGAUCAAGUUCCAAUUUAACCGCAAUCAACUGAAGUUAACAUAACAAUAUUAUACUGUGAAAUAAAUUUUAACAUUGCUUCUUACUUUUCGAUAA